UGAAAUUUAGUGUGACAAUAGAAGCCAUGCGGUUGCGACUUUUCCGUUUUGGCAUUUCAUUUAUUUGGAUUGCAGCGGCAAUCACUGUUGUGCUGCUGUAUGUUUACUACAUCAGUGCGAGUCUAUCUUUAAAAAAAUUAAUCUCGAAAGUUAAUUUUGUCAGCAGCUAUGAAAGCAAUCCAGAUCUCACAAACUUUUUACCAGACACAAUCACACAUCAUAGUGUAGACAAAAACACCAAAAAAAUUGUACCGAAAAAUGAUAAGCAGAACAAAACAGUCCAAAAGUUUUUGCACUGUCAUGAAUUUGACGAAGCGGAUGCAACGAUAAAUACACAAAAAGAGUAUCAUAAUUUCGAAUUUUACCCCAAAUGGAUGCACAAAAAAUCAAUCUGGACUGACAAAUUUGAAAAUAAAUUCACGGAGCUGUCGAAAGAUAAAAAUCGACCACCGCUGCAUGCUGUUAUUAUGCCUCACUCCCACAAUGAUCCAGGAUGGUUAAAAACUUUUGAGGGAUAUUUUCAGUCACAUACACAUAACAUUUUGGAUAAUGUAGUUAAAAAGCUACCUGGACUUGAAGGCAUGACAUUCAUUUGGACAGAAAUUUGCUUCCUUCAACUUUGGUGGGACAAUUCAACUGAAGAACAGCACAAAAUUUUAAAGCAAUUAGUUGAUGAAGGAAGAGUAGAGAUCAUGUCAGGUGGAUGGGUCAUGACUGAUGAAGCAGCUGCUCAUAUUUAUGCAAUGGUUGAUCAACUUGUUGAGGGUCAUCAGUGGCUUAAAACUCAUUUGAAUGUUACACCUUCAAACUCUUGGAGUAUUGAUCCAUUUGGACAUGGAAGUACGAUGCCAUAUCUUUAUGGAUCUGCUGAUUUUGAUGGUGCGAUUAUACAGAGGAUUCAUUAUGGAUGGAAGGAGUGGCUAGCAUCAAGACAAUACGGCGACUUCAUUUGGCGACCUUCAUGGAAUACAAAACAAAGUGAUCAGCACUCAGUCCUUACCCACAACAUGCCGUUCGAUAUGUAUUUUGUGGACAGUUCCUGUGGACCACAUAUUGAUAAAUGCAAGCCAUAUGAUUUCCGUUGGUUUGGACGAAUUAAUGACAAGGAGCUUCAAUCUAAGGCUGAUCAACUUGUUGCUGAAUAUUCUCGAUCAGCUUCAUUAUAUCCUCAUAAUACUUUCCUUGCAAUCGUCGGUGGAGAUUUUCGUUAUGAAGUUGAUUAUGAGUUUGAUGCUCAGUAUAAUUACAAGAAAAUUAUUGACUAUGUUAAUGCUAAUCCAAGUCGAUACAACAAUGCUAAACUACAGUUUGGAACGCCAAAGGAUUAUUUCAAAAUAAUUAAGGAAAGACAUCAAAAUUUUCCGACUAUGGUUGGUGAUCUUUUUCCAUAUGGUGAUGUUUUUACAAAUGGAAAUGCUGCUUAUUGGACGGGAUAUUACACAACUAGGCCAUUCCUAAAGAUCAUCAGUCGAGACUUGGAACACAACUUAAGAAGUGCUGAAAUUUUGUACACACUUGCAUGGAAUAAAGCAAAUCAGAUGAAGAAUGAAAAGUUUACUCUAAGUUUUGAGCAAAUCUAUCCCAAGCUAGUUCUGGCUCGUCGAAACCUAGGACUUUUUCAACAUCAUGAUGCCAUUACAGGAACGAGUAAAGCCAUAGUCAUGACCAAUUACUUAGAAAGAUUAUUCAGUUCCUUAAAAUACACAAUUGAAAUUCAAAAUCUUGCUGUCGAGCUUUUUAUGCAGACUAAAAAUUAUAAUCAGAAUUUCUUAAGCAGCUCUUUGGUCAGAGAAAAUGCAAAUGAAGUUCCUAAGAAUCUGGUAUUAGAUGUGACGUCAAAUAUUGAAAUUGUACUUUAUAAUUCUUUGACUACCGAAAGGAUUGACGUUGUGACUGUAAAUGUGAAGAGUUCAAAUAUUGAAGUUCUCGACUUAAAUGACAAUCCAGUUCCUAGUCAAGUCAACAGCAUUUUCAGAAGGAAGAAAAACUUAUCAGAUAUUGAAGAGAUCAAGGACGAAUUUGAAUUAAUUUUCCUUGUAAAAUUGCCACCAUUGUCACUCUCGAAAUAUCGCAUCAAAAGUGGAUUUGCAAACUUAUUAGCUGAUUCGGUAUUUUUCUCUGGAAACAAUGAUGACGAUAUUGAGAUUGAGAAUUCGAAGAUUCAACUUUCAUUUGAAAAGACAUCAGGAUUUUUGAAGAGCGUGUCUAGUUUUAGUAGUUUUGAUGAUGAAAAGAUGCAGAUUGAUUUUGGUGCCUACAAUACAGCAAAAGGAAAAUCAGGAGCUUAUUUAUUCAAACCAGACGAAAAGAAUCCAGACAUUUCUGACAUUUUUGCUCACGAUAAAUUAUCAAAAAUAAUUGUCACCGACGGCGAGCUCGCAAGCUACGUAAAAGUAUUUUAUGGAAAGCUAUUAACACACACAGUGAGAAUUCUCAAAACUGACACGCAUUUGGAUGAAGCAAUUUACAUAGAGAAUAAUGUGAAUAUGAAUGGAGAUCAUAAUGGCUAUGAAAUAUUUAUGAGGAUGAAAACGUCAAUUGAAAAUGAAAAAGAGACUGAAUUUUUUACAGAUUUAAAUGGCUUUCAAUGGCAGAGACGCAAAAAAGUGUCAAAAAUUGGUGUCGAUGGAAAUUAUUAUCCAAUCACGAUUGGGGCAUUCAUUCAAGAUAAGAGAAUGAGAAUGACAUUUUUAACAAGUCAUGCACAAGGUGCGACAAGUCCGAAUGAAGGAGAGCUAGAAGUUAUGGUGGAUAGAAGAACUCCUAUUGAUGAUGAUCGUGGAAUGCAAGAAGGUGUUACUGACAAUCUUGAGACAAUCCAAAAACAUUGGAUUACAUUCGAAUUUAUUGCAAAUAAUUAUAAAAAUUACAAAAAAUAUCAAGUGCCAACUGUGCAUGCCUCAACAUUAUCAAAUAUUCUUAAAUAUCCUGUAAAUAUUUUUGUAAAUUCAGCAAAUAAUCAUGAAUUAACCUCAAAAGUUGAAUUCUUAAAGAAUUCAUUCCCCUGUGAUAUGCAUCUAUUUAAUCUUAGGACACUGACCUCAUCAAGCGAUGAAAAACUUCCAACACGCUCCUCUUUAUUAAUUGUUAUUCGCAUGUCUUAUGACUGUAAAUAUUCAACCUCAAGUGGUGAUUUUUAUAACGAAUCUUGUGAUCAGAGCUUAGAAAAUUUCGAUAAUGUUGACAUUUUCAACGAUGUUGAUGUCAAUUUUGUACAAAGCACGUCGCUCACUGGACUGAAAAAUAAUGGAUAUAUUACAUCAUUUAAUCACAAUCCAAUUGAGCCGAUGGAGAUUAGAACUUUUAAUAUGACUUUCCAUUGAUAGUGAAUUUUUGAUAGGUAAGGAGAAGGGGUGGAGGGGGGGGGGGGGGUUGAAAUUUUCCGUUAUUGCAUUUUACAAAGGAGGAUUCUAAGAUUUGAGAGAGCUUUAUUUAUGGCGGUGAAUAUUUUUUGAAGUUAAGGUGGGGGGGGGG